AACAAAGCGUAGCAGUUUAUUUGUUACUUUUUUGCCUUUUGCAGUGUGCUGUUGGUUUCUAAAGAGACAGGCAUACACAAAUCCUGGCUCAUGCCAUGGUUUGCACAGCAAGCACCUAGCAGUGUAAUCCCAUGGAUCAAGAGAGAAUAUGGACUAUGGACAGCUUUUCUUGCGAUUUUGGUGCGCUUGUUCUUACCCACUCCAGGUGAGCUGGAGCUUCCGCUCUCAACAAUGUGGCUUAUCAUCAUUGCUCCUUACCAGGUGAUGAGUCUGAGGGGAACUCAAGCUGGCAGGAUACUAUCUUUGGCGAUAGCUGUGUAUCUCGCCUUUCAGUACUUCACCAGGAACAGAGGGUUGCGUAGAGCCUUCCGUCCGGGAUCGAUAGUCGCGACCCUGGCCAUGAUCUGCAUCACAGUUGUCAACGUGAUCCUGCUGUUCUGAGUUGCAAAGAGUUCACCCCUUGUUGUAGGCCUCGACUGUCGAGGGGAGGAGGAGCUACUCCAGAGUGCAAUCUACUGAUAUAUGUAUCUUCAUGUACGAACUUUGGUAUCAACAGAUCUCAGCAGAUUGUUCGUGCGCGAUGGAGUCGCGCAGGUAGGGAUGGGGCUUUGAUUUUAGUUUUUUUUUCUGGUCCAUAACAAUUUCACACCCAUCUCUUAUAUUUUGACGACAAUUUUUGUCGACUCGGGCACAAUCAAACUCAAAGGAGGGACAAAAAGGAGCAGGAAAAGUGAGGAGCCCCUUGAUAUAAGAAUGUACUCCCUAUUUGGCAUACGAUUUUCUCUGAAGCCAAAAUUUUCAAAGGUUUCAUGGUUUGACCUAGUUUAUGGGAAAAAUAUUUAACAUUUAUAAACAAUUAAAUAUACCACAUGCAUAUCCUAUGAGAAUGCAUUUCAUGAUGUAUUUGA